AUGAAAUACAUACUGUUUGUCGCCUUUGUUGGUGUGGCUGUUGCCUUCCCCAUCAACGAUGAUGAUGAUGAUGAUAAGAUUGUUGGGGGCUACACCUGUGCAGCGAACUCUGUCCCAUUCCAGGUGUCUCUGAGCUCUGGGUAUCACUUCUGUGGAGGCUCCCUUAUCAACAGCCAGUGGGUCGUGUCGGCAGCUCACUGCUACAAGAGUUCCAUCCAAGUGCAGCUUGGGAAACAUAACCUGGCACUCACAGAAUCGACACAGCAGUUGAUUAAAUCAUCUAAAGUCAUCCGUCACUCUGGUUUCAACUCCGAAACACUGGACAAUGACAUUAUGCUCAUCAAGCUUUCCACACCAGCCCAGCUCAACACAGCUGUCCAAACAGUUUCUCUGCCUACCAGCUGUGUGACUGCAGGCACCACAUGCCUCAUCUCUGGCUGGGGCAACACAAAGAGCAGCUCUAGUGCGUACCCAGAUACCUUGCAGUGCCUGGACGCUCCUGUACUCUCCUCCAGUGCGUGCAGCAAAGCCUACCCUGGGAAAAUCACCAGUAACAUGAUAUGUGUAGGAUUCCUGGAAGGAGGAAAGGACUCCUGCCAGGGGGAUUCCGGCGGUCCAGUAGUCUGCAACGGGAAGCUCCAGGGCAUUGUUUCCUGGGGUUUGGGAUGUGCACAGAAAGGCUAUCCUGGGGUUUACACUAAGGUUUGCAAUUACGUCUCCUGGAUCAAAUCGACCAUUGCUGCCUACUGA